CCUUGCUAGAAAUCGAAACUUGUCUGAGGAGUGGGUGUAACUGCUCACUCCUGCAAUUUUAUUUUUUUUAACAUUGCGGGAUAUCUGCUGAAAAGAUGGAGAAAAUAUACAAAUUACUGGAGAAAUUCAGAUUGGAAGGAUUCUACAAAAGAUUCCUUGACUUUGGGAUUAAAGGAGAACAGGAUUUUAUUGACAGUGUCAAUGACAAGACCUUAAAAGACCUAGGUUUAUCACAAGCAGAGAUGGCUCGGUAUCAAAACAUGAUCGCUUACUUGCAGAGAAUUGGCAGUACACAUACUCCAGAGAUGCAACAAAUGCCUGUGAUGAAAUCGCUUAAUGCAUUUCAUAUAUUCUACCGAUUUCCAAAAUGUGCUGAGAGGCAAGAGAUUACAGGUCUAGAUCCCUCACAAAACACAGUGGACGACGUGAUGCUUCGAAUUUGCCACGAAAAUAACGUUGACAGGCACACGUCUGUAUGUCUUUACACUGCUGAUGGUAUGCCUUUGACGGACGAUCCCUUUUUCAACACAUGGUCUUUGAAAGACAGACAUAUUGAGAGUGGAAGUGAACUGUAUGCCAUAUUUACACCAAAAGAAAACCUAAUAGAGUUACAUAAGAGAGAAAUGACCAACAUCAAAAAUGAAGGACCGGAUGUCAUCCGCUGUCACGUAAUGUUACAGGGAGACUUUGAAAUCAAAGUUGACUUGGAACAUGAUACAUUGAGAGAGUUGACGUGGCGACUUUCUCUGGAAAGUGGUAUACCAGUGUCAGUUCUGCACUGCAGAAAUUUGUCAAAUCUUUCCAAAAAACUGAGUACCUUUGAAAUCACAGAAGAUUUGGUUCUACAGUUCUCAUUAUCAACAUUUGAUGAUGUAAAACCAGAUUUAAGUCUCCUCUUCCACAAUGAUGUCAAACCCUCAGUGAUGCAAACACAGAAAGGCCUGAGUGUUUUUCUGUCAACGCUAUAUGCCAUUAAAGUGAAAAACUGUGGAGAAAAAUUCAAGAAAGUGAUUGCAUACAUUCGCAAAUUGAGUGGAUGCAACGCUUUGGCUCAGAGUUUGUACCAAUUGAUUUGUUUGAAUGCAUGUAUAACUAGAAACCAGAAGAUUGCUGUUGUUGAGGGUCUGUACUUUCUCUUCAGAGAGUUGUUACCAGAUCUAAAUGAUACAUCGGGCCCAAAGACCAUUGAGGAUUCUGACGUUUUUGAAUAUGCAAACAUCUGCUGGGCUUACGUGAUUCAUCAAGGACAGAACGAGAAUGCUGAUAUGGAGAACUAUGCUACAGUUUCUCUGAGGGCAUAUCCUACAGGCUAUCGAAUGUCUGAGCCUGUGAGAAUACCAGGGUUUUCUGAGGUUUUGGAGAGGUCAUAUGUAUUGGAACAAAUCAGCGAGGAGACGCGAAUUCCAAACUGUAGCGAGAGCAACCUACAGUUGUCGUCAAUCCAAAGAGCCACAGAUAUUGAAAAGAUUUUGCUUAGUCAGCCAAUGUCAUUCGGAAAGUUCCAAUUGUGGAUCUGCUGUCACAGUGCUCCAAAAAGUUUCAACUUUCAGGUUGAACAAAAGAAAACGUUCAUGGAAAUGUAUGAGGAUGCCAAACAGUUUGACCAUUUGAUUGUGACCCCACCCCUGCAACUGCUUGCAAUGGGAAAUAUGGGACCCCGACUGGUGUUUCUCCAAGAGGAUAAUCUCGGUCUUUAUUUUGGCAAAGAAAAGGGAGAUCCACGUAAGAUUGAUGUUUACGACUGUCUGUCUGGAAAAAUGGUAACUGAAAAUGUGGAAGAUCUGGCUCACAUCCUUAAUGAUGUCAGAAGUGACAACACCUUCAAACUCACUAAAACCCCCAAAGAGGCAAUUGUGGUCCUCUUUGAUUCAAGUUCUUCAAUGACAGAAGAAUGUUACGACACUUCCAGUGAGAUGAAGCGCAUCGAAGCUGUCAAGCAAAUCUUUGACAGUUUUUCUAACAGAAGCAUGGCAUAUGAUUUACCACAUGUCAUAUGCCUUGUGAAAUUUAACACGGAUGUGGAAACUAUCCUUGAUUUCACCGAAAAUCUGGAAACCUUCAAGGAGCAAGUGCAUGGUAUUGAAGCAUCAGGGUGCACAAAGUUGUAUGAUGCAUUACUCCAUGGCAUCUCAGAACUUGAAAAAGUCAAGCAAAGGUUUCCAGCUUGCAGAUGUCGCAUCUUGUGUUUGACAGAUGGCAAUGAUUACAGGUCUCAUAAUAACCCAAUUUCUGUUACCAAUCAAUUGAUGGACAAGAAGAUCGUGGUUGAUGCUGUUCUUCUUGGCAAGGCAGAUAACACUGUUCUGCAUGGAAUCAGCUAUGUAACAGGUGGUUACUGUUUUAAGCCUGAGACGGCAAAAGCUGCACUUAAGCUUUUGGAGAUGGAAACAGUUUUGUCCAUGGAGAUGAGGGCAGAGAGAACAGAGGUACCAGUCUCUUCCAUAAAAACCAAGAACGACUUGACAAGAAUUUUUGUCACACACGGCUAUGAUGUAGAACCAAAGAAGAAGCUACCUCCACAAAUCACCCAUAAAGUGAACAGGACAGAGAGUGUACUUAAAAAGAAGAUAAAGGAAAGCAGAACAGGACACUUCAUGGAAAAACACAGACGGAUUUUAGAAGAACUGAAGAGUCUUCAUUGUGAUCCCCAUCCGUACUGUACCGUGUAUCCCUCUGAAACAGACUUCACAUUCUGGAGGAUUAUCAUGAAAGGACCUCCAGAAACCCCCUAUGAGAAAGGGGUUUUCGAGCUGUACUGUGAGUUUGGUCCUGAUUAUCCAGUGAAAGCACCUCUUGUGCGAUUCUUCACUCCCAUUUACCAUUGCAACAUCAACAAUGUGGGAAGGAUUUGCCACCACAUAUUUGAUCGAAACUACUCAUCUGAUGUUACUAUGAGAGAGAUCCUGGAUGCUGUGUAUGGACUUCUGAUACUCCCAGAGGCUGAAGAUCCACUGGACAGUGUUUUGGCAGAAGAAUUCCAGACAAACAAACAAGGCUUUGAACAAGCAGCCAAAGCUGAGACGGCGAAAAGCGCAUGUCAGUCUGUUGAAUCCAUUGAAAUGAAAUACGUAGGAGAGUGCAGUGCGGCGGUACCUCCUCAUCUGUUAUGUCCAUUGUCAAAACAGAUGUUUGUUGAUCCAGUGAAAAGCAAAUAUGGGAUUGUGUAUGAGCGAAAAGCCAUUGAGGAAUGGCUAAAGACGAACCAGGUCGAUCCAGUCAUGAGGAAGCCUCUUAGUUCCAGUGAUCUAAAGCAAGAUACAAACAUAAAGAGGGCUGUUCAGCAGUUUCGUAGAGCCCAGGUAGAGGAAACUGAAUAAGAAAUGUUGUAAAGAUGCCACAUUUACAUGUAGAUUAUUGUAGAUUUACAGUGAUGAAAAGAGUUAAACACGUUUUGUUUUUUUGGGGCUCUGAAAGUUUUGAGAUUAAUUUGAAAGUUUGAGAUUAAAGAAAUAAUCAGUUCCUUUACAAUUUAACCAACGUCAUACGUAAGAUUACGAAUUAUUUCUUUUUUGAUUUGGUAACUAUAUUACAAAAGAAUGUGCAGUAUCUUUAUCUGAAAGUACUGUAACAGCUCCUAUGGAUGAUCUGGUGUUCUUAAACCUUACAUUGUGAAUAAGGUCUACGUUUUCAAUUGUUAGAUUUCAAGGAUGCUGUUUGGUUUAAAAUGUAAUACAAUUGUUAAUCUCUGGUUACUAGUUUCUUGCUUGCUGCGUCUUUAUU